GAACGCUGUGCAGGUCUAGAAUGUUCCGUCAUUCUGACUGCUGCCGGGUCUGGAACAUCCAUCCCGGUGGAGGGAGCCACACCGGUGGCCGCCUGCUUUCUGUGUCUGGAGGGGCGGCGGGGGCGCAUGCCAGGUUCCUCAUCGUCCUGGUCUGCCUCAUCUUCAGUGUGCUGUCCACCAUCGAGCAGUAUGCCACGCUGGCCACGGGCACCCUCUUCUGGAUGGAGAUCGUCCUGGUGGUGUUCUUCGGGACCGAGUACGUGGUCCGGCUCUGGUCUGCCGGCUGCCGCAGCAAGUAUGUCGGCCUCUGGGGGCGGCUGCGCUUCGCCCGCAAGCCCAUCUCCAUCAUCGACCUCAUCGUGGUCGUGGCCUCCAUGGUGGUGCUGUGCGUGGGCUCCAAAGGGCAGGUGUUUGCCACGUCGGCCAUCAGGGGCAUCCGUUUCCUCCAGAUCCUGCGGAUGCUGCACGUGGACCGCCAGGGAGGCACCUGGAGGCUCCUGGGCUCCGUGGUCUUCAUCCACCGCCAGGAGCUGAUCACCACCCUGUACAUCGGCUUCCUCGGCCUCAUCUUCUCCUCCUACUUCGUGUACCUGGCUGAGAAGGACGCGGUGAACGAGUCGGGCCGCGUGGAGUUCGGCAGCUACGCGGACGCACUGUGGUGGGGGGUGGUCACCGUCACCACCAUCGGCUACGGGGACAAGGUGCCCCAGACGUGGGUUGGGAAGACCAUUGCCUCCUGCUUCUCCGUCUUCGCCAUCUCCUUCUUCGCACUCCCUGCGGGGAUCCUUGGCUCCGGGUUCGCCCUCAAGGUCCAGCAGAAGCAGAGGCAGAAGCACUUCAACAGGCAGAUCCCGGCGGCCGCCUCUCUCAUCCAGACGGCAUGGAGGUGCUACGCCGCCGAGAACCCCGACUCAGCCACGUGGAAGAUCUAUAUCCGGAAGCCCACCCGGGGCCACGCCCUGCUGUCCCCCAGCCCCAAGCCCAAGAAGUCCGCCAUGGUCAAGAAGAAAAAGUUCAAACUUGACAAGGACAACGGUGUGAGUCCUGGCGAGAAGACGCUCCCGGUCCCCCAGAUCACAUGCGAGCCCCCGGAGGAGCGGCGGCCAGACCACUUCCCUGUGGACAGCCACGACGGUUCUGUGAGGAAGAGCCCCGCGCUGCUGGAAGUGAGCACGCCCCAGUUCCUGAGAACCAACAGCUUCGCCGAGGACCUGGAUCUGGAAGGGGAGACGCUGCUGGCCCCCAUCACCCACGUGUCACAGCUGCGGGAGCACCAUCGGGCCACCGUGAAGGUCAUCCGGCGCAUGCAGUACUUUGUGGCCAAGAAGAAAUUCCAG